CAAGAAGCUGCUCGACGUGCUAAGUUUGUUUAUGAACUGAUGAUUGAUAAAGCACCAGCUGCCCUAGUAGGCCUUCUUGGUCAUAAGGAAUAUGAACAUUGUGCGAAGGAUCUUUAUUUCUUUCUUCAGUUAUUUUGCAACCCUUCAGAAGGAACUUGAACAAUAUGAUUGUGUCCUGUAUGAGAUGGUAGCCAGCAAAGAAAGUCUAGAGAAUAGAAGAACACCUUCUCCAACCAAAAGGCUGAAAAGUUCACGCUCACGGGGCUUCAGUAUUCUUGGAUGCAUUCAACGGCAGAUGGCUCGAGUUUUAACUCUUGAUUUCCAGUUAGACUGUCUUGAUUACCAAGGAGAAAAUUGGUACCACGCUGACCUGGACUAUGAGACCUUUAAGCUGCUUCAGCUUGAAAGAGGUGAGAGCUUCUUUACAUUUGCUCGGGAUAUGACUCUCAGAACUACAAAAGCUAUUGUGCAGCCGGCUUCUAUUCCUGAAGAUCUUGGACCUUGGAGAUCCAAGCUUCUAUGGGCUUCCCGUGUGCUUCCAAUGCCACUCGUUGGCCUUCUCAUUAUUGGAGGUGUAUGUGCCGAUGUGGGAGGUCAGAGAUCUAAAUAUCCAGAAUUAGAAGCACUCUCCAGACUGGAUUUUGGUGCUGCAAUGAAAGUCUUCUUGGCAAAGCGACUAACUUCUGAGUUCACGCAGGUGACUGCAGAUAUUGAGGAGAAGUCUGUUAUCAUUGGUGAAAGGAACAGAGUUGCAACUGAGGCGUUGCAAAGAGCAAUCGAGGGAGGACACAAUAAGAUUGCAGUCUUAUAUGGGGGUGGCCACAUGCCAGACUUGGGAAGGCGGUUGCGUGAGGAGUUUGACCUGGUCCCUUCAAGGGUACAGUGGAUAACGGCGUGGUCUAUAAGGAACCAAGAGCUUGACAGUCAGUCAUUCCCUUUUCUAAAGACAUUAGCAAGACUGUCCGGUUGGCCGCUCAAUAGAUACCAGACCCUGGCAUUGCUGAUCCUCUCUUCAGUCCUAGCAUUGGAUCUCUGGUUCUGGGAGCUCUUUUUUGGCACUGCAUUGAACUGGGUUUCUCACGCUGCAUCUGAAUUUAAUCAUUUAGUUUGAGGAGGGUACACACAAUUGUUGUGUUCAUUUACAUGCUGUAAGUUGUGGAUUUUAUUAUUUCAAAAAAGUAAUCUGUAUAUGCCUUUGUCAAACUGUAAA